UGUGUUUGUGGCCAUCCAAUUGUAGGUGAUGAUAAUGUGUUUCAUUGUCAGCUGUGCGGCAGAGAGGUCCAGCAUUUUAUGACCAGUUACAGGAUUAAGAUACUUGUUGAAGAUGGUACUUCUUGUGGAAUGUUUGUCUUGUUAGACAGUGCAGUCACUAAGCUAUUAGGGAGAACCUGCUCUGAUGUGUUUUUGUUGUUAGAAGAUGAAAUGGAGAAAAUUGAGCACCCAUACUGUCCACAGUUUUUUCAUCAACUCAUUGGGAAAGAGAUUGUUUUCAAAGUUCAAGCAAAGCGGAUUAAUAGUCCCGGUUAUUGCGGUACCUUUAAAAUCAUCAAUGUCAUUAGUGAUGCACAUUUUUUCAACAAACUUCAGUCUGAUCAGUGCAUCAAGGAUGUUAGUUCUGAUUCGGCCUUUAGCCCAAUACUUGAAGACUUCUCUCAGUGUGGACAGCUUAGAAGUUAUGACAACCAAGUCAUAUCUGGUGUUCCAAUACAACUGCAUAGCAUUAAAGAGAUGCUUGCUGACAUUCUUUGUGCUAAAAUAUAUUCUUCUGCAUCAAGAAAUGUUAGUAUUUAUGUUUAUGUUCUCAACCGUCUGAACUGUGUUUCAGCAUGUGUAGUAUGAUAAAACAUGUAUCAUAAUAUACCAAUUACUGUUCCUCUACAGGAUCAGAUUUGUUUCUUGAUCAGUAAGAUUAUUGAUGUGCUGAAACAUCAGAAGUGGUGGUGCUACUACUGUUUGUGUAAUGCACCUGUUUCUCA